CCCGUGUCCGUGCCCGAGACUUGCAUGCACGCACCGUUUUGUGCAGUCGAGCUUUGAAUUUCAGCCCUGACCUGGGAUACCGCUGGUUGUCAGCAACGAGACGCAACUUGGCUCUUUUGUUUCUCACGGUGCUACAACUACUUGACUGAUUCCCUGCCAGCUGAUCCCUCUCUCUCACUCACUCACUCUCACUCCUAUCUUGCUCAUUCACAUUCCAAACCCAGAGGCCUCCCAUCGUUGCAAGCAACGCCUGCUUUGACCGCCCCUCCUUUAUUGUCCGCUACAAGCCCAUCCUUUCCUUUGUCUGUUGACUGGACCACAACCCUAUAACAAGGCUGGCAGCGCUUUGUGACAUUCUCUUCUGUGCUCACCUCGAGUGAAAUCAAUCCCUUCAGACACACACUGUAACACUCUUCAAGAUGUGUGGCAUCUUUGGCUACAUCAACUAUCUGGUCGAGAAGGACCGCAGAUUCAUUCUUGACACCUUGCUCAAUGGCCUGGCCCGUCUUGAGUAUCGAGGCUACGACUCCGCCGGUCUCGCCGUCGACGGCGACAAGAAAAAUGAGGUCUUUGCGUUCAAAGAGGUGGGAAAGGUGGCCAAGCUCCGAGAGAUGGUGGACAAGUCUGGCGUCGAUAUGACAAAGGUCUUCGACUCUCACUGCGGUAUUGCUCACACCCGAUGGGCUACCCAUGGCCAGCCUUCCAGACUCAACUGCCAUCCUCACAGAUCUGAUCCCAAGUGGGAGUUUGCUGUUGUCCACAAUGGCAUCAUCACAAACUACAAAGAGUUGAAGGCCUUGCUCGAGGGCAAGGGCUUCAAGUUUGAGACCGACACCGACACCGAGUGCAUUGCGAAGCUUGCCAAAUACCUCUACGACCAGCACCCCGACAUUGACUUUACCACCCUCGGAAAGGCCAUCAUCAAGGAGCUCCAGGGCGCCUUUGGUCUGCUCAUGAAAUCCGUGCACUACCCCCACGAAUGCAUUGCGGCCCGAAAGGGCUCGCCUUUGGUGGUGGGUGUCAAGACGGCCAAGAAGAUGAAGGUGGACUUUGUGGACGUCGAAUACUCGGAAGACGGUGGUGCUUUGUCCGCUGAGAUUGCAAACCACAAUGUUGCAGUCAAGAAGUCUGCAGCUGGUCUCUUGUCCCCUAAUGGACUGCUGGCGCCCCCUGACAAGUCUCUGCUCCACCGAUCACAAUCACGAGCAUUCUUGUCGGACGAUGGUAUGCCUCAACCCGCCGAGUUCUUCCUCUCGUCCGAUGCCUCAGCCCUGGUGGAGCACACCAAGAAAGUUCUCUAUCUUGAAGACGACGACAUUGCUCACAUCCACGACGGUCAGCUGAACAUCCACAGACUGACCAAGGAUGACGGUACCAGCAAUGUCCGUGCUAUCCAGACCAUCGAACUUGAACUUCAGGAGAUCAUGAAGGGCAAAUUCGACCACUUCAUGCAAAAGGAAAUCUUCGAGCAGCCCGAGUCAGUCGUCAACACCAUGCGUGGUCGUUUGGAUGUUGCAAACAAGACUGUCACCUUGGGAGGUUUGAGACAAUAUAUGAGCACCAUCCGAAGAUGCAGGAGACUCAUCUUCAUUGCUUGCGGCACUAGUUACCAUUCCUGCAUGGCGGUCCGAGGUGCUUUUGAGGAGCUCACCGAGAUCCCCAUUUCGGUCGAAUUGGCCUCGGACUUUCUCGACAGACAAGCCCCUGUCUUCCGGGACGACACGUGCGUGUUUGUGUCACAGUCCGGCGAGACGGCAGAUUCGUUGAUGGCUCUUCGAUACUGCUUGGAGCGUGGUGCACUCACCGUGGGUAUUGUCAACGUGGUCGGCUCGUCCAUUUCCAUGCUCACCCACUGUGGUGUCCACAUCAACGCCGGACCUGAAAUUGGUGUCGCCUCGACGAAGGCUUACACUUCUCAGUUUGUGGCCAUGAUUAUGUUUGCUUUGUCUCUCAGCGAGGAUCGCGCUUCCAAGGCACAGCGCCGCCAUGAAAUCAUCGACGGUCUGGCCAAGGUAAGCGAUCAAUUCCGGGAAAUCCUCAAACUCAACGACUCGAUCAAGGAAAUGUGCGCCAAAUUCCUCCAGAACCAAAAGUCCCUGUUGCUGCUUGGCCGAGGCAGCCAAUAUUCGACAGCCUUGGAAGGUGCCCUGAAAAUCAAGGAGAUUUCAUACCUUCACUGCGAAGCCGUCAUGUCUGGAGAGCUUAAACAUGGAGUUCUGGCCCUUGUCGAUGAGAACCUGCCCAUCAUUAUGAUCCUCACCAGAGACGACAUCUUCCCCAAGUCCCUGAACGCAUAUCAACAAGUGAUUGCUCGUGGCGGACGACCCAUUGUCAUCUGCAACAAGGACGACCCGGAGUUCCCUCCUUCUAAGACCGAGCGCAUCGAGGUGCCAAAGACGGUCGACUGCUUGCAAGGCUUGUUGAACGUCAUUCCACUGCAACUGAUUGCCUACUGGCUUGCGGUUGCUGAGGGAUUGAACGUGGAUUUCCCCCGUAACCUGGCCAAGUCUGUCACUGUUGAGUAAGCUUGGUUGCGGAAAGUGCCUCCAGGAUCUGCGUAUUAUGCUUGUUUGCGCUAUGAGGGAUCAUCUCACGAAAUGAUCUGGAAAUGCAGCCACAGGGAGAAAGGUUGCUUGUAGGAAGUAAAUGAGACACCGGUAGAGAGUACUUCAUGGAGUUUCCAGAACAAGACAUUUCAUUGCUUACUCGUCUGCUCUCGUUCAUAAAUGCCCAUUCAUAUGGCACAUUACAAGCGUAGGAGCUUUGCUCGUCCUAUAAAGGGUGAAAGGCUGCCAUCGUAAGGCUGAGUUGGAGAAACUUGGAGAAGUUAGUUGACGACCUCGACAUCUGUGUUUGCAACUGACGGAUCCCAAUGUG